AUGUCCGCCCUCACCCAGGACCAGAUCAAAGUCCUCGAACAAUCACGCCAGCGCCUCGUGCAGCUGACACGCUCCCUCGGAUCCCUGAUCGCCAGCCUGAACCAAAGCGAUCCCCUUCCUCCGUGGUCCUCCCUCCAGUCCCAAGCAAGUAUCAUCUCCAACAACCUUCUCAGUGUCUCCGAACAACUCUCCGAACACGGCGACCUCCUCUCCGCACUAGUCGCCUACCCAGGGCCCGAGUACCCAGGCCGGACACAGUCUAGCACGCUCGAACAACUCCUGCGCACGAAACUCGACCCACGCGUCGAGGACUGGGUGGCGCGCGGGCGCGUCGCAGGUACCCACAAUCCCGACUCUGCUUUGCAUGCAGACCAGAACUCGACUGCACCCAAACCACUUACCGAGGCCCAGCUCGCGGAGCUGUGGGAGUGGGCACCUCUGGAGGCGAAUGAGGAAGCGCGCCGGAGGAAUUGGGGUGGGAAUUUCACGCUUGAAGAACGCGAGGCCGGGGUGCAGAAUGUUGUUACUGGGUUGAAGAGACAAUUGGAGGAUGACGAAGGUUCUGAAGAGGAGGAGGAGGAAGACGAAGAAGAAGAGGCGGAGGCCGAAGAGGAGGGGGAAAUGGACAUUGUGGGUGUUCAUCGCAAGGCUUCUGGGGGCCUGGAGUUUGAUAUCGCCGCGCAUCAUGCGCAUGCGCUGGAGCCGCUGGUGCCGCUCGAUGAGAUCCUGAGGUAUAUGACGACCGGACGCAUGCCAUAA